AUGGAAUCGAGCGGCCACAAUGGCACGCGCACCGAUCAUGAUAGGGAUUCCUCCAUGAACGGUGUUAACGGUGCCAAUGGCACCCCGCAGGACUCAGGAUUUCCAAAGGAGAAAGCUUCUGCUGCAACAGCGACAGAUGGUAGUGCCAAAGCUAUUAACGGCAACGACGAAUCACGAUCGCAAGAAUCGAAUCAAAACGGAGAAGCCGAAAGAGUUAUAAGCCGCAUGAACGACCUCCCAGACGAAAUCGUACACAUUACUCAAGGAUUUGUUCCUUUAUCACUUCUUCUUACGCGCCUAGCACAGACCUCACAUAAUGCCCUUCAGGACAAAGUCGCCGAGAUGGCCAAGAUGCCUUUACCAGCGGCGGCGGCAAACGGCAGUUCAUCGUAUUCAUCCAGCGGACCAGACGAUAGCUCGGCAGAUAACUUGAGGAAGAAGGGGGCACUGACUAACUUUGCACAAGAAUGGCAUGGAAAGUGGCUCAAGGCCCUCGUCAUUGCAGAAUGGAGCAGGAAGGCUCAUUUGGUCAGCAAGCUUAUUGACCUCAAGUUUCACAUAGAUCAACAAAGGAUCCUUUACGACACCGCCCUCGACGAGAUGGUUAAUGUGAAAAGGGACCUGACAUUUGCCCGUAUGCCAAGCCCGGAUUUAAAGACUGCUCUCCAAGUGCUUUCUACCGGAAACGCUCCUUGGAUGCCCGAUCUUGGAUAUAUCGAACCGCCCACCCUAACACCAGAGUUGCAGCUGAAGUGGAUAAACGAGUUGAACACACUGCUAUCACUGAGACUUAACCUUGACGACUUCGACAAGAUUCCGUAUCAUUUUCGCAACUACGAGAUCAGUUCCGGACGAGUUACAUUUAAGGUUGAAGGCGAAUUUGAGGUUGAUUUGACCAUCGCGGAUGAGGAUUUUGAGAAGCAGUUCUGGUUCAUCGACUUCCGAUACGCUUUUACGCCAGCAGCCUCGUCAAUUUCCGAAUCAUUAAGAAAUUACCUGGAAAACUGUGUGAAUGAUGUUCUUGGGAAAGAAGGUCUACUGGGCUGCUACCAGUUUCUCCACGAGCUUGUCCUCACGACCAAGAUUCAUGAGUUGAAAAGACAGGCCAUGCAACUAAGUCGCACCUCUUGGACAGGGACAUUGAAUGUGGAACCACUGAACCGGGCGCUUUCAAUCCAGUACUGGACGGGACGGUCUACAACCAUGGGGUCCAAGAGCUGGGUUAUAGUGGCAGUCAACAGCAAUCGCUCAGGAAACGGCAAAGAGGCCGCCUCAUCGACAAGCCAAUUGGUGGUAAACUGGUACCGAGACAAUAAGGAGGUGAAAGGUGUAGAGAUUGAGUUCAAUGUGAACGAGCUCUCUGCAGAAGCUUUGUUAACAAAUGUCAUUGCUCGGCACGUAGAGCACAUCCUCACCAGCAUACACGACAAGCUUUUGACAGUGGCGCGGUUCAAGAAUCACGAAGCCAGUAUGGCUCUUCGAGUAUCGAGGACCGACCCUGCGUUUUCCAGUUUGACGACACAAGUAGGACACAGCGGAGAAGCCUCGAUGCUCCUCGAACCUAUGACGGGCGUAUUCGCUUUAAAACCACCUUCGAGGUUUACUAUACAGCCAGAGCACCAGCUUAACAUGGGAAAAAACCCCGCGGAAGAUGGUCUCAACUGCUUGGAAGUUCUUCGCUGUGCAGUCAUGGAGGAUGAGCUGCACUGUCGGGCGACUUUGAUGGGAUGGUUUGUUAGAAAACCACCAAUGGCGGCGGAAGAACUGAAAUCGGCAAUCAAGGUGCGAGACUGGACUCGGGUCAUCUGUUUGCAGAAGGAUGGGUGGGGUUCGAAUUGGUUUGUGGUUGUUGUGUUGAGCUUGAAUGGUGACGAGUGGUGGCUGCUCGAGUCAAAUCCCAACCAGGCAAGCAAAACACUUAGAUUCAAGGCAAAACUACCCUUCAACAACGGCCACCCCGACUUGUCAGAUGUUUUCUGGGAGAAUCUGGCAUUCUUUACCACCGGAGUUAUUGCCCAAUCAGUCGACCUCCGAGAAUUGCACCGACAGAAAAUUAAGAGCAGGUCAAGUAAUAGAAUUAGCUUGUCGACACCUCAGACAGUGCGACUGCCAUCAACCGAUGUGGCACUUUCUGCAUUGUUUCCCUCCAUGGUCUUUGACCAGAGCAAGCCAGAGGAGGACGCUUUGUCAAACAGCGAAGGGCAACUCAGUAACUUGGAGCUUCUGUCACUUAUCCAGCAGGCGUCCGGUGCUGUCCUGGUGCGAAAGAAGGCGUGGGCAGACAACAUUGUCAGCAUUACUUUCAGGGGCAUCAGAUGCCUAUCAAAGGCUGAAAAUGCUGAUGAUGGAAGCAAAGAAAACGAGCUUAUUUGUACAUCGGAAGCAAUCCUCAAGGUUAGGAAACCUUCCAAGUUUGCUUCGCUCGACGGUCUCGCGGACCGUGAUGUAUCUUACAAUCCUAAACGAGGCGAGUUCGCCCUGCGUAUACAACGCGCAGUAGGCAGGCCUAUACUCGAUACGCUCAAGUCACGAAUCAAGGCCAUUGACCGAUUCGUCAACUUUUUGGAAGCAUUGGAGAGUGCCAAUGGCACCAUUACCACCGAGUCAGUGACUCUACGGCAAAUAACAUUUUAUUACAGCGAACUUCAGACCAAACAGAGCAGCAACGAUGCGGACCAGGUCAUGGAAGACUCGCGCAAGCGUUGGCGUGUGGUUUUGGAUCUGUCCAAGGACGACAUUGACAUCGAAAUUGAGAAGGGUAAUCCCCAUCUCCGGGUCCUCGAUUUGAUGAGACAGCUGGUCAAUAGUGAUGGCGGCAUUGGGGUCUUGACUGCGUGGCUCCCUGCGUCGCUGCCGGCGCUCCAGGCCAUCGACAAGAUGGAAACGGAAUGGGAACCAAUUCAGGCUGCCGGGCAGGGCCGUAUAGAAUUCUCCAUGAAGACGGUGGCCUGGAUGAGCGUCGAAUACACCAUGGCGUCAGACGCCAAGACACUCAAGAACCCUAUCCGGCUGCAAGUACAAAUGCAGCCCCGCCGCAGCCAGGCGUGGUGGCACGUUUGGCGAUCCGACGCCGAACCAAACGCCGACGACAGGGUUUCCACAGCCUUGCAACCGAUCUGGAAAAAACGAGGCGACAAUUGGCUCGGCCUCUCCACGGGCGCAGCUGGUCGCCCGCAAGACGGCGUGGUGAAGAUGCUGUUGGCUGUGGAUGAAGCGAUUCGGAGCACGAUAACCAGUGGACCCGGUGUGACGCAGGGCAACGAAGUCAAUGCGAGCUAG